AUGACGCUUCGCACUGCUUUCACUGGGCUUUUGUGCGCUGGCUUGGCCACCGCAGUUCGUUAUAACGAUAAUCAAGUUCCUCUGACGAAAGAUGGUGAAGAGGCUGCCAAGAACUUCCCCGAGGUCAAGCAGAUCGAUCUCCAGUCACCUGCAUUCCUUGAUCCCAAGAGCAUCGCCGCUGGAUUCGACAAUGGCACAAGCGGACCAACAAGCGAUGCUACUCUAAACUACUUCCUCGAGAGUCUUGCAUCCCGAAAUGACUGGUUGACGUACAACAACCCAUCCUUCAAAUCCGACGAAGGGCGCUCAAUUCCUUAUGUCUUCCUCUCCACGUCGUCGCAGCCUGAAAUCAAGGCCAAUUCAUCUUCAUCCGAGAAGCUCCGCGUCUACCUUCAAGGUGGCGUCCACGGAAAUGAACCCGGCGGCGACCAAGCUCUUCUCGCGCUGCUCGGCAAAUUUGAUGCCAAUUCAACAUGGGCAGCAUCAAUCCUCGAGAAAAUGGACAUCAUGAUCUUGCCCCGCUACAACCCCGAUGGCGUCGCCUACUUCCAGCGCUUUUUGGCAACAGGAUACGAUCCCAACAGAGAUCACAUUCGUUUCGCAAGUCAACAAACUCGUGAGGUUAAAGCGCUGAUUGUUGACUUCUCUCCUCAUGUCAUGGUAGACGCUCAUGAAUACAGCGCCAAUCGCGCUUAUGGCCUCAAAGAUCAGUGGGCGCAAGCCGUGGAUGGCCAAUUUGAUCCUAUGAAGAACUUGAAUAUUCACAAGGAUAUUCGAGAAUACUCUGAGGAGGUUUUCGUGCCCAGAAUUGCUGGUGCUAUGGAUAAGCUGAAUCUGCGCUGGAGUCCUUAUAUCACGGGAAAUGCCAGGGAGGAACCUCUGGUGUUUACUCAGCUUGAUACCCAGGCGCGAGCUGGUGAUGUUUCCUUGGCACUGACGCAGGUUAUGGUCUUCCUCACUGAAACUCGAGGCAUCGGUCUUGGAAGCCAGCACUUCCAGCGCCGCGUUGCUUCAGGACUUACCAUGAUCGAAGCCAUUGUCCAAACAGCCGCCGACAAAGCUGAAGAAGUGUACGAAGUUGUCGAAGGUGCUCGCCAGAAAUUCAUCGAUGGCGUAGACGAAGUCGUCGUUACAGAUUCCUUCCAGCCCAACAACCGCACCUGGGAUUUCAUCGACCUCCCAACCGGCAAACUCGUCGAAAUCCCCAUUCAAUUCCUCAGCUCAACACCCGUGAAAUCCAACCUUACCCGCUCUCGCCCCGAAGCGUACAUCUUCCCGCAAGCAUGGAAAGAAGCUGCCGAUCGUCUUCGCCUCAACGGUGUUACCGUCGAGAAUAUUCGCUCUGAGUUCCGCGGUGAGGUUGAAGCGUAUAAUGUUACGAGUAUUGAGUUGGCUAGUACUGUUUAUCAGGGUACGGUACUGAACAAGGUUACUACUGAUAUUCUUCAGAAGGAGAUUACGAUGCCGGCUGGGAGCUUUUGGGUGUCGACGACGCAGGCUGCUGCGGGGUACGCGUUCACUGUUCUUGAGCCUGAGAAUAUCGAUUCGUAUGCCACGUUCAAUAUCCUGCCGGUCAAUGUCGGGGAUGAGUACCCUGUGUAUAGAGUCUUGGGUUAGUUUGUGACUGUAUCGCUAGAUAGAGA